AUGCAGGAAGGUAGAUAUUGUUACGUGCGCGCGGAGUCGGACACGAGCCUGGAGGUGGCGCUGCGGUUCGGGGGCGCGGCUGCGGCUGCGGCGGCGGCCGGCGUGGGCGCCAUGGCGAUCCCGCCGCAGCCGCUGCGGCCCCCGCUGCCGCUGCCGUCCCCAGUGCCGCCGCCGCAGCAGCAGCCGCUCCCAGCCGCCCCCAGCGCGCCCGCCACCGACCUGGAGGUGUGCGAAGUGCCGGCCGGGCUGCGGCGCGCCGCCUCCUGCGAGUCGGUCUGCUCGGACACGUCCGUCGUGCUGGGAGACCUCCAGGAGGCGCCCGUCGCAGGGUACCUCUGCGUCGGCCUCGAGAGCGACAGCAGCGGCGAGCUGGUGGUGACCGUGCUGGAGGCCAAGGAGCUGGCCGACAGCCCGGACUCCUACGUGCGGCUCUCGCUGUCGCCCGACAGGAACUGCGUCGUGCAGACCAGGGUGUACCGGCGCAGCAGCUGCCCCAGCUACAAGGAGAAGUUCGUGUUCUCGCUGGACCCGGCGGAGCUGUCGCGGCGCACGCUGUCGCUGCAGGUGUUCGCCACGGACAAGGAGGUGACGACGCUGUUGGGCGAGGCCGAGCUGCGCCUCUCCGACAUCAGCAUGCGGCAGCCGGUCACCACGUGGCUCACGCUCACCGACACCGGCCAGCACGGCACAGAAUGGGGCGAGGUGAUGUUCUCGCUGAGCUACCUACCCACUGCUGAGAGACUCACUGUCGUCAUAGUGAAGGCUCGAAACCUGAGGUUCUCUACCGACCCUGUACCUGGCGACCCAUUUGUAAAGGUUUAUUUAUUGCAACAUGGGAAGAAAGUUCAUAAGAAGAAAACAACAACUAAACGUGGUGAACGUUGUCCUAUCUUUAACGAAGCAAUGAUUUUCAGUGUACCAGCUCAUGCUCUACAGACAAUACAGCUGCGGGUAACUGUUGCAGAAAAUACAGGAGAACCACGAGCCCGUGCUGUGGGGCAUGUGAUUGUGGGUGCCCAAGCUACAGGGAAGGCACUCUCACAUUGGAGUCAAAUGUUAUCCUCUUUACGCAAGCCCAUUGCAAUGUGGCAUGUUCUACGCAAAUGACAAUUCACUGUUUAAACAAUGUAAAAUUAUUUUCUAACCAUUACGUGUAAGUGAUUCGAUGGUACUAAUCUGGUGCUAUGCCUGCAACUUGCUAUGAUUCACUGUCCUUCAUAUAGAGAUGACAUAAUUCUGUCAUGACUGUCAUACCAAGUUUCUUAAAGUCCUAGGUCCUUUCAUAACUACUA